GAGAAGACGGCCCCCCUCUCUCUGUCCGGCCAUCUUGUGGGAAGAGCUGAAGCAGGCGCUCUUGGCUCGGUGCGGCCCGCUGCAAUCCGUGGAGGAACGCGCCGCCGAGCCACCAUCAUGCCUGGGCACCUACAGGAGGGCUUCGGCUGCGUGGUCACUAACCGAUUCGACCAGUUAUUUGACGACGAAUCGGACCCCUUCGAGGUGCUGAAGGCUGCGGAGAACAAGAAAAAAGAAGCCGGCGGGGGCGGCGUUGGGGGGCCCGGGGCCAAGAGCGCUGCUCAGGCCGCGGCCCAGACCAACUCCACCGCGGCGGGCAAGCAGCUGCGUAAGGAGUCCCAGAAGGACCGCAAGAACCCGCUGCCGCCCAGCGUCGGCGUGGCGGACAAGAAAGAGGAGGCGCAGCCGCCCGUGGCGCUGAAGAAAGAAGGAAUAAGACGCGUUGGAAGAAGACCCGAUCAGCAACUUCAGGGGGAAGGCAAAAUAAUUGAUAGGAGACCCGAACGGCGACCACCUCGUGAAAGAAGAUUUGAAAAACCACUAGAAGAAAAGGGUGAAGGGGGAGAGUUUUCCGUUGAUAGGCCCAUCAUUGAGCGGCCUCUCCGGGGGCGCGGGGGCCUUGGAAGGGGGCGAGGCGGCCGGGGCCGAGGCGUGAGCCGAGGAGAUGGGUUCGACUCUCGAGGCAAGCGUGAAUUUGACAGGCACAGCGGAAGUGAUAGAUCUUCUUUCUCACAUUACAGUGGCCUGAAGCAUGAGGACAAGCGAGGAGGUAGCGGAUCUCACAACUGGGGGACUGUCAAAGACGAAUUAACAGAGUCCCCCAAAUACAUUCAGAAACCACUGUCUUAUAAUUGCAGUGACUUGGAUCAAUCAAAUGUGCCUGAGGAAACACCAGAAGGUGAAGAGCACCCUGUGGCAGACACUGAAAAUAAAGAGAACGAAGUUGAAGAGGUUAAGGAAGAGGGUCCAAAAGAGAUGACUUUGGAUGAGUGGAAGGCGAUCCAAAAUAAAGACCGGGCAAAAGUAGAAUUUAAUAUCCGAAAACCAAAUGAAGGUGCUGAUGGGCAGUGGAAGAAGGGAUUUGUUCUUCAUAAAUCAAAGAGCGAAGAGGCUCACGCUGAAGACUCCGUGAUGGACCAUCACUUCCGGAAGCCCGCAAAUGAUAUCACGUCCCAGCUGGAGAUCAACUUUGGAGACCUUGGCCGCCCAGGGCGGGGCGGCAGGGGAGGACGAGGUGGACGCGGGCGCGGAGGGCGUCCAAACCGUGGCAGCAGGACCGACAAGUCGAGCGCUUCUGCCCCAGAUGUGGAUGACCCGGAGGCCUUCCCGGCUCUGGCCUAACUGGACGCCCGAUGGCCCUGGUUCCUCGGUGGACCCUCUUGUUCAAAGCUUUGUGCAUGCUUAAGGAUCCCAAACAACUAAGAAAUUUACAAAAGGAAAAAAAAAGACUGUCAUUCAUACCAUUCACACCUAAAGACUGAAUUUUAUCUGUUUUGAAAAUGAACUUCUCUCGCUACACAGAAGUAACAAAUAUGGUAGUCAGUUUUGUAUUUAGAAAUGUAUUGGUAGCAGGGAUGUUUUCAUAAUUUUCAGAGAUUAUGCAUUCUUCAUGAAUACUUUUGUAUUGCUGCUUGCAUAUAUGCAUUUCCAAACUUGAAAUAUAGGUGUGAACAGUGUGUACCAGUUUAAAAGCUUUCACUUCAUUUGUGUUUUUUAAUUAAGGAUUUAGGUGUUCCUCCGAUUACAAACUGGUUUUAAAUAUUGGACAUACUAUUGGUUUUAAAACCUGCUUUGCAUUUUCACACAUAGUCAACUGGGACAUGUAAACUUUGAUUUGUCAGGUUUUAUGCUGUGUGGAAUACUAACUACUUUAUGUAUUUUAACUUAGUUUUAAUACUUUCAUUUUUGGGGAAAAGUCUUUUUUCACUUCUCACGAUAGCUGUUAUAUAUGCUAAAUCUUUAUAUACAGAAAUAUCAGUACUUGAACAGAUCCAAAGCACAUUGGUUUAUUAACCCUCGCUCUGCCGCAUGGUUCCUUAGGGUCAGGUUACCUGACUGAGCUCAGCUCGUGUUCACCUUCGACUGUGACUUUCCCGCCUUAGAAGCCAGCCAGACGCCUUCCUGGCGGGAGGUGUCUGGGCUGCUCGCGGCUGGCAGAUGCAUCCGGGCCGUGAGUCUGUUCCCUGCGGUGGGGAGCUGAUUGGCUAAUGUUCCGGGAUAUUUAAACCUCUGUAAGUGUCAGCCUUGGUAUGGUCCGUGUCAGGUCAAAAGGUAAAUCUGUAGCCCGCAACCUUUAACCUUGUUCCGCAGAAACCAAAGGCCCUGGUUAGCGCGGUGAGGCGGAUGUACGUUAGGUUUUUGGCAUGUGGAAAGCAGACAGCUUUACUUCAUAAGGUUGAAAUAGCAGCAUCCAUAAAAUACAAGCCACAAUUUUACUGUUCAUGAAUUUCCUGUUUGGUUACUGAUCGGCCUUCUGCUGAGAGGUGUGUGUUCCCCAGAAGGGGAGGCUGGAGAGAGGUGGUGUCAGGCUCCUGCAGUGGGAGUGGCGCCAUUUACUAAACAUCCAUGGCGAGAACCGUCACCCCAUAGGGUUGCUAGGAGUUUUUUCAUUUUGCCACAUUCAUUGAUUAAACAGGGAGGGAAUUCUGUUUAAAAAGUUUUAACACUUCUGUCAUUCAAUUGUCAGAAACUUUCUACCUCUAGUAAUUUCCAGUUUUAAAAGUAUCGGUGAGCCUAACCUUCAGCACGUGUGCAACUCAGCUGACUGGUGUUCACGUGUGGCCAGAGCCACAUGACUGGGACUGGUGUGUCUGGGCCCCUACUGCUUGGGGCUGGGAGAGGGCACUGGGUGAUGCUGCACUGUGCUGGGGUCUGGAUCUCGCCGCCGAGCGCGUCCUGCGCUGGUGCUACUGUCCCUGCCGGGAGGCCUGGGGCCAGCACAGUGUUCACAUGGCCAGUCCCCUGACUGCCCCUCCCCAGAUCGCGGCCCGGAGCACAAGUGUAAGCAGCAGCACACUAGAAAACACUUGCUUUUAGAUGCCUGGCAAACUGCUGUCAUCACUGUCACCAGGAACACAGCAGCCCUGCUCUGUCGCGGGCUUUUGAGACCGCACACCCCCGAAAGCCAGUCCAUUAGUUGUAUGUGAUGGGUGUGAAUUUGCCUCCUAGUUCACUUUGUGUCAAGAGCUGAAACUGUGAACCUAACUUUCUCACUGGGUAAUAACGGAAAUAAAGAUUUAUUUUCAUGUU